GAAAGUCAAAGCAGACAAACACGGGGUAUUACCGACAUCGACGGGAAAAAAACUGCUCGUCUUAUUCAUUAUUUUGAAAGGUUUGACCGGAACAGCCUCCUUGACCGUGGUUAACCCGGUGCGAGUCUGACGUGAGUGCGUUGCUUGUGGAGUGUUUGGCUAACCCUCACUCCGAGCACAGAGUGUAACUCUGCCGGUGGAGGGGGCUUUUUCUACCGUCAGGCUAGCCGAGAGCCGCGGUCUGAGCGAAGGCAACACCAGGGAAAGCCGUCGGAACAAAAGACGACGAGUCGCGCAGCGGGUCCAGGUGCUGUUUGCCGUCCAACAAACCGAAGAUCGUUUCCUCGCUCGUGUUGCAGUGGAUGCUUUCCUGGUGUUUCGUGUGGUAAACGCGUGUGCUCUGAUGUUUCACGGACUCGUCGCUGUGAUCUGAUGAUGGGACAGGGUGCUGCUGGGAGUGACUGCAGCCCUGGAGGCUGAUGAAUCUGCUCCAUCAGCCAGUCAGGAUGCACAUAGCUUCAGUCGGGGUCAGCAAGUUCUGCUUCCUGUUUUCUCUCGCAUUCUGCGGCCUCCUGCUCCUGCUCAUUCCAGCUCUCCAGCCCCUUCCACGCCAAGUGGACCUGCCUAAGCCCCGACCCCAGGCCAGACCUGCCCAGGUGGGGACGUCACACCAAGUCAGGGUUCCAGGGGUUUUUUUACAUGCUGGGAAGAAAGAAAUAACCGCGGGUCUUAACAGGAGCUCAGAAGGGCUGGGGAAACCCAUCAAAACUGAAAUUAGCAGGAACAGCUAUCCCAAAACAGGAAAGGGUGUCAGAAGAAUCCCUGAAAGAGGCAUUGGUGGACCUCAAGAGUAUAGGUCACAUGACAAGUUGGAGCUGAAGGACAUUUUUAUUGCAGUAAAGACAACCAGGAAGUAUCACAAGUCCAGACUGGAGCUGCUCAUUCAGACCUGGGUGUCUCAAGCUAAAGAACAGACUUUCAUUUUCACUGAUGGUGACGACAAGGAGCUGCAAAUGAGGACUGGAGCUAACAUCAUCAACACUAACUGCUCAGCAGCUCACACCCGACAGGCUCUGUGCUGCAAGAUGUCUGUAGAGUACGAUAAAUUCAUCGAGUCUCAGAGGAAGUGGUUCUGCCACGUGGAUGAUGACAACUACGUGAUCCUGCCCAGCCUGCUGCGGCUGCUCUCGUCUUACCACCACAGCCAGGACGUCUACCUGGGCCGGCCCAGUCUGGAUCACCCCAUAGAGGCUGCAGAGAGGGUCAAGAGUGACGGUUCGGUGUCUGUCAAGUUCUGGUUUGCCACAGGUGGAGCAGGCUUCUGUAUCAGUCGAGGUCUGGCCCUGAAAAUGAGUCCGUGGGCCAGUUUGGGGAAUUUCAUCAGCACAGCAGAGAAGAUCCGACUUCCAGAUGACUGCACCAUCGGCUACAUCAUCGAGGCGCUGUUGGAGGUCGCUUUGACACACACGCACCUUUUCCACUCUCACCUGGAGAACCUGCAGAAGCUGCCCAUUGACACUGUGCUGGAGCAGGUGACUCUGAGUUACGGAGGAUUUGAGAACAGAAGAAAUGUAGUUGGUGUGGUUGGAGGAUUUUCACUGGCUGAGGACCCCACAAGGUUUAAGACGGUCCACUGCCUUCUGUAUCCUGACACUGAGUGGUGUCCAAAGCUCAAACCGCGCCACAGAAACUGAAUUCCAGUGUGAACAUUUAUCCUGCAGAGUCGCUCUGAACUCUCACUGAUAUUCAUUAAACACAUGAAGUAAAGCCUUAAAAGUUGAAGCCAAAGAAUGCCGUUUGAAGACCAUCCAGGCCUGCAGAGCCGAGAGUUUCUCCACUUCUAACAAGGUUUUAAGAGUCGACCACAUUUACCUUCUCUCAAUUCAAGAUAUAUUUUUAGCAUGUUUUUUAUGGUCGAGCAGAAGCUGAAUAAGGUGAAGUUCCUCGGGAACAGCGCCUCGGGACGACCAUAAGGCGUUCACUUCUGCAUCUACACUGAACAUGAACUGUGAUUGGAUGGCACGUGAUGAUCUUAGAAAGCCUUUCUGAAAGCCUCAGUGACCCUGGUUGAGCUCCGGGUAACCGCGGGCGAUUAUCUAUGAAUAAUCAAGUGACUGUUGCUAAAUUCACGCUAACACAGUAACAAUGAUGGACAGCUGGUGUACAAACACUUCAUGCGUGUGCAGGUUGUGUGUCAUUCAAGCCAACAAACCAAAGUUGUUUUUAAAGGGCGAUGGUAACGCCGAGGUGACUGUAAAACGCAGUCUCUCUUAUCUUCUACCUGAGCUAGGCGAGUUAGCUUACAGGGUUUUCCAAGUUUAGGUCAACAGCUCUUACAUGACAGAUGUAUGUGUUCCUGUUACUUUGAUAAAUCACUGACUGGAGCUGAAAAGCCCGGCUCAUCUCAGUACAUUAAAGUGAAGUAUUAAAACUGUUUGAAGGAGGUAGAAGUUUCCUGGUUGGCUGUUUCAGCUGUGGUCUGAAGAAGCAUGAGAUCUAUUAUUGUGACGCCUGUUUUUCUGUUUCUGUGAUUAGACUGACUGCUGCAGAUGAGGAGAGGGUGGUAAAAACUGAGGGACACUAACAUCGUUCUGCUGCUUUGUACUUUAGUUUUAAACGGGGUCAGUGAGUCUGCGUGGGGAAAGAUUUAGUUGGUGUUUGCUGUGAGUCCUCUGCUCACAGCAAACACCAACAUGUAGACGUGUGCACGGUACAUGAAGGACCUCACAGUACUUUCAUGUACUUGUACGCUCGUGAUGGAAGAACAGGAUGUUCAUUCGUUUAAACACAAACAAACAUGAUCUUGGAUCAAGAUGAAUGUUUGAAUGUUUGACAUGUACAGUGUGAUUGAGGGGACACCCGUGUGACCGCCGUGGCCCCUCGUAGCUCUCCUCCUGUCUGUGGCCGAGCGCUGCUUUGCUCCUGGCACUUCUAUAACGUUACCAGCUGUGGUGACGUGUCAGUGCAAACUACUCUAUGGGUUUUAUGUAAACUUCUUUGCAUUUCUUGUAGUUUUAGCUCCACAGGAAUAAUCAGCAAGUCACAGCUCAGAGGCUGGAGCAUGAAAUGAAUAAUGUUGGUUGUAGUUUGUAGCUUCAGUCAGGUCAAAGGCAGAGUAGCACACAGUGGUCCGCACAGCAUUAUACGAGGUUUAUUCUUUUAGCUGCACAAAUCCUGCCUCAUAGCACCGACCACCAGCAGCAGCAUCGUCUUUGAGACUGCUUUUAGACGACUCUGCACAUUUACAGCAUCCUGACCAGUGAGCAUAGUGCAGGAAUGUGUCACAGUCAGGCCAUAGCUUCCUGUGUGAAGAUUUUUCCUAAACUUCCACUGCUCUGUCUUUCAAAGAGAAUAAACCGGUUCUUUGUCUCCGUAUAUUCUGUCACUUCUGCCGGUGAAAGGUGUUGGCGUACAGCACCAGUCUGUUUGCACAAAAGACUAGAAACCAAACCCCACACCACGAGUCCCACUGCAGGUCAGUGAGUGAGACCGAGUGUGUUUUUGUCAAAGCUGCCACUGAUCUGUUGUCAAUAAAGCUUUUCUGCAUUCCUAA